CGAGACCAAGCCAAAUUCACCCCUCCUCCCCCCGGAAGCCGUCGAAAGCAGUCCUCAUGGAUAACAACCUAUGGACCCGCCGCACAAACUCUGGCAAGCUUUCACUCUCGACAAAUGGUAGUCCCGCGCCGGGCGGUGACGCCAACCGAAACGGCUCCUUUGCCAAACGAUUCGGCGGCGAUACGUCCUCACACGGCGGCAAAUCAAAUCCAUUCAACAACGUAACGACCCCCGGCGCAGGCGGCAUGGCGUCCCCCACCGCCGCCGGUGCGGCCAACGCCUUUGGCCUGGGCUCCGGCGCCUUCGCCUCCUUCGGCUCCGCCAAGACCCCCAAGUCCCCCGGCAACCCGUUCGACCUCGCCAUGGGCAAGAUGGGCGCCAAGGCGGCGACGUCGCACGACCCGGCGGCCAAGGUGCCCUCCAUCGCCCCGAUCCCCGAGAGGAAGGCCCUGGGCUCGCAGCCCGCCUCGGCCCGGACGUCCUCGGAGCAGCUCCGCGUCCACCCCCUCAAGUACGAGUGGGUGACGUGGUGCCGGCCGCCCCAGCCAAAGGGGCAGCCGUACCAGGAGUACGCCAAGUCGCUGACGCCAAUGAUCCACUGCAACACCGUGGAGGAGUUCUGGGUCGGCUACCCUCAUUUGAAGCGGCCCUCUGAGCUGUCCGUGGGCUGGGAAUACCACUUCUUCAAGCGGGGCAUCCGCCCAAUCUGGGAGGACGAGGAGAACAGAAGCGGCGGCAAGUGGGUGCUUCGUCUGAAGAAGGGCAUCGUCGACCGGUACUGGGAGGAUACCGUGUUUGCGCUCCUCGGCGAGGCCUUUAUCGACGCCAGCGAGGAGGUCUGUGGCGGUGUGGUGAGCGUCCGCAACGGCGAGGAUAUCAUCAGUAUCUGGACCCGCUCGACCGGCGGACGCGUGCUGAGGAUUCGUGAAACGUGGAAGUCGUACCUCAAGUGCCCGCCCAACACGCAGUUCGAGUUCAAGUCCCACGACGAGAGCAUCCAGCACCGAGCCGCCAUCGAGGAGUCCCGUCGCGAGAAGCAGCACGACAAACGCGGCAACAAACAGACUACCGAAGAGCAGAAGCCCGCCGCUUCGUGAUCGGAGCAUUCACACCCCGAAAAGCAACGACCCCUUCUCGCCGGGAAACGCCACACCCAACACCUCGUUGCAUUUUGUUUUGUUCUCUCUCCAAAGCCAUCUUUGAUGUUUAUUUGUACACUAUUGGAUCCACUACCCCCCCCCUUACGACGGAUCUUCAUAGCAUUCGGGUUUGUGAAACUCCGACAAAAAAUACACCUAUAUGGGGGAAAAAUGAGGAAGCAGGUUUGGAAACAUUGGAGACGGUGUGCUGUUUUUAUCACCACUUGACGAGGGAC